AUGACUCACGGCGGUUGGCAGGGCUCUAGAGAGGCUGGCCCCGGCCCGCGCUCCAGCCCGCAGCAGAUGCCUGCCCGGCCCUCCCCCCUUCGCCGGCCAAACCCACUCGGAGCCCGCGCCUGCGGGAUCGCCCUGCGCAUCCGUUGGACCCGGGCGGCCAGGACUCUGCCCGUGCCUCCCGCAGGCGCCCGCCGUGUCCGCGACACCCUCGGCCGCGGGGCCGCCUCUCCCCCCGCCUCUGUGGUCCCGGCCGGGCACUCCGGAAAGUUGCUAGGGCAGUGGAGGCGGGAGGGGAGGCAGGGAGGAGAGAGGCGGAGGCGUGGACCAGGCGGGCAGCAGCCGAGCCCGCCGGGGAGCGCCGCGGCGUCCAGACCUGGUGGCAUCCCUCCUACUGACCCCCGUCCCCCAGGACAAGGGAAGAAGCGGCCACCGAGGACCCUGGGGUCUCACCAGAGCCGCGGUCCCCACCCGCCCCUAGACUCGCCUCGGUGCGCGCGGGCUGCAGCGCGAGCAGCCCUACAGGCGGCGGCGGUUCCCGCCCGGGUGAAGGCUCCGCGGCGCUCGCCCUCCCCGGGAAAAAAGCCCGCGCCGCCUCCGCGCCCAGCAGCGCCCCGGCCCCCCAGCCGCCCCGGGUCCCGCUCCGGCCGGUGCGCGUCCACUCGGUGACCCCGGAGCAGCCCCGGGGCCGGAAGGGCGCGCGGGAGCCAGUCAGCCCCAGCAGACGCCCGAGGGGACCGGCUGUCGCGCUCCACCCGGCCCGGCCUCUCCGCCCCCGCCGCCCGCCCCCAGCCC